GACGUCUAUAUAAUUUGCAUAAAACCAGUUGAGUGAGCUUGUGACGGUGUGGCAAGGCGGCCCCUUCCUCCCGACACUCUGCAUAAUUGGGCAAGUGUUAACCGUCCCUGGCAUUCCAAGACAAUUUUUCCAGAAAACCGGCAUCUUUUUGCAGACUCUGAGGCAAGAUGGAAGCUGUGAAGAAGAAGCUGGCCGCGCUGCGACGGGAGGCCGAAGUCGCCACGGAGCGCUUUGAGGAAGCGGACAAAGCCAGGAAAGAGGCCGAAGAGCGGGCAGAGCAGGCUGAGAAUGACAUGGAGAGCAUGAGGAGAAAGAUGCAGCUGCUGGAGGCAGACUUGGAUACUGCCGAGACAGGCCUGAAGGAGGCCAACACCAAGUCACAGGAACUAGAGUCGAGGUUUGACGAGGUAGAAAGGUCCAGACAAGCGCUCGAACACCGGAGCACCAGUGAUGAUUCCAAGGUAGUGCAGAUGGAAUCUGACCUCAAGGAAGCAAUUGAGUUAAAAGAAGAGAUGGAGGCUAAGUAUGAAGAGGUCUCUCGGAAACUUACCGUGGUGGAAGAACAAUUGGAUACCAUGGAAGAAAAAUACAAAACAUCCCAUGAGCGGGUUAAGUCUUUGGAAGAAGAGUUGCAGAUAACAGAAGACCAGAUCAAGUCCUUGGAGUCCAGCCAGAAUAGGGGAGAGGAUGAGGAAAACAGUCUGCAGAGCCGGUACAGAGAGCUGCAGGACACCUUGAGAGAGACUGAAACCCGUGCUGAGUCAGCCGAAAGGAAAAUUCAGCUGUUGGAGAAACAAGUAUCAGACUUAGAGGAUCAAUUGGAAGAAUGCAAAGAAAAGUAUCAAGGAGCAAAGGCAGAUUUGGAUGCAGCUCUGAACGAACUCAACGAAAUGUAGCUAUGAAAUGACGGAAGAUACUACGAAUAUUAGAUACUGGAUGUACGAAGUGACCUCGGGGUUUUUGUUUCUUGGCAGGCAACUGAAAGUCUUCCAACAUAAGUUCUUUUGUUACACCAGACCACUCAGACAGUAUGGCAACUUUUAGCGGCUUUUUCAUGCCCGUAGAACCUGUUUAGUCAGCAGAUGACAAAAACUGAUACUAAAAGUACAUUUUCACAUCUUGGUACGUAAAGGUCCUGUGAGAUGUCGCCAUAUCGCUAUACUUGUUGCAUUAAGGUGGAUAAUCAAGAACGCUUCUUUUUCUAGACAAAAUAGUCAUCAAGCGUCCAACACAUGAUGCAGUUUGGUUCCUAAAUCCUGUGCACCAUGUCUUCAGUUCGGUUCAGUUGUCAGUAUUAUAUUUCUGGCAAAGGAUUGAAAGGCAAUGGGACUUAACUUUGGACACAGCUCGUGUAGGAUACACAUUUCAAAACUGCAGACUCUCAUCAUAGUGUUAGAUUAAGCACGUGAUACGUACUAAGUAUCUGUAGAUUUACUAAUGAAUUAGAGGAUUUUUGAGGGAUUUCGGACACUGUUUUCCCGUAGGUUGCCUUCCGACAUUCCUACAAAAGAUGUCUUUUUGUAACAGUUGGUCACUCGAUGCUCUAUGUACUGGUACUAGGAAUGCAGUUAAGUGGAAUGCUUGCAGUGACAAACACGUGAAAUGGUGUUUGGGAACAAGAAUGCAAAGUUGAAGACUUUUAACUGCUUUUUACAGUGUAAUUUUAAGCCAUUUUAGCAAUAUUGUAAGCGAAUCGCAAUGCCACAACUAAAGACAUUCAUGGGGUAAUAGUUCGCACUUGUCAAUGUUAAUCCCCGGGGAGGAUUAGAAUCAGACAACAAAUAUAUACUAUUAGAUCGACCCAAAAUCAAGACAUAUGGCAGGCUUACUUGACUGUAGGUACAUAUGAUCAAACAUUCAUUGCAAAUCGUACUGAAUGUAUGGGAGACUGAUGCUCGGUUGCAUCUGAAAAGGACUGUGCGAAUUUGAUAGAAGAUCGGAGAACUAAGAGUGAAAUAAUUUGGCAGUGCUAUAUUUUUAAGUCUGAAUCAUCAAGGAGAACUCUUUGGAUGAACAUUGACAAGUGCUCGCAGGUUAAUUUUGUCCGCAUGUAAAGUGAAUUAUGACGUAGUACAGGAUAGAAGGUGGUUGUAGAUUUGUGGUAGUUUUGUACAAUGAUAGAGAUCAAUACGUUAUCGGAAAGGUAUUUGUGACGUAAAUACUCCAUCCGUUAAAGUUUUUUCGUAAGUUUGUCUGUACUUUUGUGCGUGGCGGUUUUAACUCAAGUUGGCAACAUUUGUCAAUAAAUGUCAUUAGUACUUCA